GCCACGGUGCGCGCUUUCCAGGGGGAAAACGUACGUGCAGUAAUACAAUCUGAAUUGCUGAACAGAAAUACUCAGGCUUACGAGUACAAAGCGCCCUCCUGGAGGAGUGGAGGCGCACGGAGAGGAUGCUGAGCUCUGGAGAAGCAGGUGUAUCCAGCCAAGUGGAGGAGGCGCAGGGAACAGCGCAUCCGCGACGCACAGCAGCCGCUGGACACCCGCACCUGCUCCACACUAAAACUCCCAAAGCUCGGCUGCUGUUCUUCAUGUAACGAUAGUAAUAGCUGGGUUUUGUAUCAACUCAUGUUUGUUAACUAGAAAUGAGGACAAAAUGACGCGGACGGACGCUGGGUUCAUUUGGGAAGCUCUGUAAGGGACGCAAGCAAAGGCGCUCGGUUCUCAAGCUGCUUCACUCCAGUCGUUUCUCAUCAAAGAGGUCGGAUCUUCUGCAGGAUCUUCUGCAGGAUCUCCUGCCAGGAUGCCCGUGACACUUUUAUCAGCCGAGAGCCUCUACAUAGGGAUGGAGGUGCUGAUCGCUCUCGCCUCCGUGAUCGGGAAUGUCAUGGUGGUUUGGGCGGUGAAAAUUAACAAAUCCUUGCGAGAUACCACGUUUUGUUUCAUCGUGUCUUUGGCCCUGGCGGAUAUUGCAGUGGGGGCUCUCGUCAUCCCCCUGGCCAUCACCAUCAGCAUCGGGCUGCAGACUCACUUCUACAGCUGCCUGCUCGUGGCGUGCACGGUGCUGGUGCUGACGCAAAGUUCCAUCCUCGCUCUGCUGGCCAUCGCGAUUGACCGGUAUCUCAGGGUCAAGAUCCCGACCAGGUACAGGCGAGUGGUGACAACUCGGCGAGCAGGCGUGGCAGUGGUGAUAUGCUGGACGGUGUCUUUCAUCGUGGGGCUCACGCCCAUGUUAGGAUGGAACAACCUGAGGCGCCUCCAGCAGAACGGCUCCAUCAGCUCGGAUCUCAUUAUCACAUGCCAGUUUGAAAACGUCAUCAGCAUGGACUACAUGGUCUAUUUCAACUUUUUCGGCUGGGUGCUACCACCGCUGCUGCUCAUGCUGCUCAUCUAUGCUGAGAUCUUCUACAUGAUUCACAAGCAGCUCAACAAUAAGAAAAUCAACAGCAGUCACACAGACCCCAACAAGUAUUAUGACAAAGAGCUGAACCUUGCCAAAUCUCUGGCCCUGGUGCUUUUCCUCUUUGCCAUCAGCUGGCUGCCUCUCCACAUCAUCAAUUGCAUCACGCUUUUCUGCCCUGACUGCAAAACACCCAUAGUCCUCCUCUACAUUGCCAUCCUGCUCACACACGGCAACUCUGCUGUCAACCCAAUCGUCUACGCUUUCCGCAUUAAGAAGUUUCGCUUGGCCUUCCACAAAAUCUGGCAGCAAUACUUCUGCUGCAAGGACACGCCGGCUCUGGACUUUCAGCACAGUGACAGGAAAGAGAUGCCCAAUCUGGUGAUUCAGCAGGCGACACCACUGCAGCUCACUCAGAUGGAAAACCUUAAAUCUAACCCACAACACAUGCAGCAGCCUCCGUUUGAGCCACAGGAGGAGCAAAAGCCCCAAAUGCCUCAGCAGCCUAAUGAACAUCCGCCCUCACUGGAGCAGAACACGGUGUAAGUGAAGGGAUAGACCCGAUGGCUGGAGAAAUAGUGAUGAGUGCUCGAGCAGUAGCUCUCUUAUCAUUUGAAUGUAGCCUGGUGGUGAAAAUGGAUUGCUACGCGGCGCUGCAGUGCUCUGAGGAUAUUGCUCACUUGAAGAUAAGUCAUCUUUCCUCAGGAGGAUUGUAUCAAAUUAAAGUCUGGUGGAAGAAAAAAAAAAACUUGCAAUAUCUGAAGUCCUUUUAACUGUGUAUACCUUAGUACCGGGCUGAAAGCACUCCACUUUCACUGUCUUAUUCAUUAUGGUGGAGCAGUUGCUGUGAACUUUACAAAAUGUGCAAUGUAGGUUGUCAUGGUUGAUGAAAUAUCAGAUUAUCAAAUGUUACUACUGAACAUUUAUAAAUUAUAUAAAGCAGGGUAAUCUAAAUACUGUAAUACCUUGUAUAUAUUUAAAGUGACAGUGGCUACAUGAUAUGAAUGUAAUAAUGUAAAUACAAGACUGUAGCAGCACAGCUGGAAAUGCUCAUCCCAUCUUCAGGGUCUUAGCUGCACAACGAUGUCUAGAGCAAUGGUGGAGCAAAAGUUUCGUAACCUUUAAACUCUUCUCCAAUGAACACCAGCCCCUUCCCCACAACAGCAGGGCUGCAUCGCAGAAGACUCGGAAAUACAACACAAGCAGACGGAGGCUAUAUGGGAGGUAUUAACAUUUCAGAAGCUCCAAUACAUGCAGCAGACAAGCUGCUAUCCACGGGGGAUGAAACAAGAUGGACUUAAAGUUCAUGUUUGCCGUGCCCCCAAAAACAGUUGGCAGGAGAACAAGAGCUAGGAGCAACAACGUUUCCUCAACUCCCAUGCAAGUAACAUCAUCACAUCUUACCACGAAUGACUGUGCCUUCUAUGGCCUUAUUCAGUGUUUUUGAGUGAACACUCUAACUGAUACAGAAAUAAAACCUUACGAUUGUGAGCCUUUUAUAUCCUAGAAGCUGCCAAUCUGGUAGAUCUGUAGAUUAAAAAGUAAACUGUGCUCAGUGGCACUCAUUUCAACACACUGUAUGAGAAUGUAAAUUAUACAGUUUUUUUUUGUAUUUUGUAAAAAUUGCAAGAUCCAGCCAAGAUGCUUCACUGUUACUCUAAAUAUGUGACAAUCUCUCUCAUGUAUGGUCAAGACAAUUUAUACAACUGCCUCACAAGCAGAAAGAGAUGGUGAACAUUUGAUGCUGGUAAGGUUGUAAAGAUUCCUCAAACACUCCACCCACCUCGUCUGUUUCAUUUGUUCACAAAUCAGACAUACAAAAUUUAUUAUUAUAAUGUGCUUUUUUUAGUUACUUAGAUUCCAGUAGAAUAGUGAAAUACACAUGCUGUUGUUGGUUUUUUGUCUUUUUUCAGG